CUCGCCGCGGCGGCAGCAGCAGGAUGCGAUGGUUGGUUAGUUUUGACUUCUGAAUCCUCGCAGGACUGAUGGACUCUGGACUGCCGGUGUUCCGCUCUGUGCUCGGACUUUCCCUGGUCCUGCUGUGCCUGCCUGAGCAGGCGUCACAGAGCCGAGCUGUCAGCAACACUUCAGGGACAGUGUAUUUGGGUUCGGCCUUCGUGAAGGAGGCUCUGCAGCAGGCGACCCGACUGACUGAUGCGGCGUACGUCCGCUCCAGUGACAGGUUGAAGAAGUCCGUGUCUGAGGGAGCCCUGCGGCCUAGUGACCUGCUGGCUCAGUUUAAGCAGCCUGGAUCCAGAACCAGGGCUCAGAUCAGGGCUGCGGAGCUGCUGGACAACACUGUGGAGCUGAUCAGGGAAAUGGUCUACACUCAUGCCAUGGCACAGCCGGACCCCAAAGAUCUGCUGAGCGAGGACGACAUGCAGAACCUGCAGCAGGUGACCGGCUGCUCUGCUGAGCUGCAGACACCCAACUGUGCCAGUGACUGUCUGUCUGAGCGCUACAGAAGCCUGACGGGGGAGUGCAACAACAGACGACAUCCACGGUGGGGUGCUGCCAACAUACCAUACUCCCGCUGGCUGCCUCCAGAAUACGAGGAUGUCUGGGGAAUGCCAAAAGGCUGGGACCCCUCUUAUACCUACCACAAUUUCACCCUUCCUCCAGUGCGGCUGGUCUCCCAGGAGGUGUUGUUCACGCACAAUGAGCACAUCGCCCUGGACUCCACUCUGUCCCACCUGUUGGUGGAGUGGGGCCAGUGGAUCGACCAUGACUUGGUGCUGACCCCCCAGAGCCCCAGCACAUCUGCCUUCAGAACCGGAGCAGACUGCGCCCAGACCUGCAGUCGGGACACGCCCUGCUUCCCAAUCCAGAUCCCACAUUCCGACCCACGCAGAGACCUUCAGGGUUGCAUGCCCUUCUUCCGCUCGGCCCCCAGCUGCGUUGAUGGAGUUCUGCCCCGCCACCAUCGGGAGCAGCUGAACGCCAUCACGUCCUUUGUAGAUGCCAGCAUGGUGUACGGCAGCUCCGUCACUCAGGCCUCCGAGCUCCGAAACCACUCGUCCUCCAUGGGCUCCAUGGCGCUCAACAUGCAGCACAUGGAUCACGGGCUGGCGUACAUGCCCUACAUGCCUCGUCUGCAGACUCACUUUGACCCAUGUGGGCCACGAAACGCCACCAACAGAUCCGCACUUCGUGGCAACAUCACGUCGUGUUUCCAGGCUGGAGAUUCAAGAGCGAACGAGCAUCUUGGGAUGAUCGCCCUGCACACACUCUUCCUGAGGGAACACAACCGGCUUGUGGGGGCUCUGCAGCUCCUCAAUCCUCACUGGAGUCCAGAGACCCUUUAUCAAGAAGCUCGGAAGAUCUUGGGGGCCGUUCAUCAGAUCCUGACAUGGGACCACUACUUGCCUCAUGUCCUCGGAGAGAGCGCCCUCUCCAGCCUGAUGCCUCCCUACAGUGGUUAUAACGACACGGUUGACCCAAGCAUCGCCAACGUCUUUGCUGCUGCUGCAUUUCGUUUUGCACACGUCACCAUUCAGCCGAUAGUUUCCCGCCUCGGAGCAGGAUACGUCGCUGAUCCCAGACAUCCGUCGCUUCCUCUCCAUCACUCGCUGUUCGCCUCUUGGAGGGUCGUGCAGGAAGGUGGCAUCGACCCAGUGCUCCGUGGUCUGUUGCUGUCGCCGGCCAAGCUCCAGACUCCUGGUCAGAUGAUGGUGGAGGAGCUGACUGAGAGGUUGUUUCAGGCUCAGGGCGGGAUGCCUCUAGACCUCGGCUCCCUUAACCUCCAGCGGGGCCGGGAUCACGGUCUGCCAGGUUACGGCUCAUGGCGAAGACUUUGUGGUCUGCCUGCACCCAACACAGCAUCAGAGCUGGCAAUCAUCCUGGGGAACCAAACUUUGGCACAUAAAUUCCAGAUGCUCUACGGCACACCGCACAACAUAGACGUGUGGGUGGGUGCCAUCGCCGAGCCCGCUCUCCCGGGAGGCAGAGUGGGACCCCUGCUGGCAUGUCUGCUGGCCAGGCAGUUCAGAGCCUUGCGAGACGGAGACAGGUUUUGGUGGCAGAGGGAGGGAGUCUUCACCAGGGCUCAGAGACAAAGUCUCCGCACAGUCUCUCUGUCCCGCAUCAUUUGUGACAACAGCCACAUCACACAUGUCCCUGUCGAUCCUUUCUCACGCACAGAAAACCCAGAAGCCAUGUUGUCCUGCUCCAGCCCUCUUGUCCCUCAUCUUGAACUUCACGCAUGGAAGGAACCAGACUCUGAUCCUCACUGCGGUCCAGUUCCCAGGAUUCUUUCUGGUUAUUUUCUACUGUGCAACUCCAAGGUCAUCUAUCAGUGCCAGUCUGGAUUCAAGCUGCAUGGUUCCUCCACAAUCAGCUGCGACGUCUCCAGUCGUCAGUGGAAGCCCGCGCCUCCAACAUGCCAAGAUGUAAAUGAAUGCAAAGAACAGGCUCCUCCUUGCCCGCAGAGCCAGGAAUGCAUCAACCUGCCGGGCUCCUUCACAUGCUCCGAGCCUUCAUCACUGUCAGUGUCUUUGGUCACAGCUGUGAUCACUGUGAUUGGUGGCGCUGCAGCGCUGGUGAUGGUCCUGCUCUGCUAUCGAAGGUACAUCACCCGCAAAAAAAUAUAA